AUGAAUUAUGAAACAAGUCCUGCCGUAAUCUUUUCUGAAUUGUUGGAACCGCCACCACUGCCAUUUGGAUUUAUUAUUAAAAGCAAGCAUCCAAUCUUCUUCUUAAAUCCUUCAAAUAAUCUCGAGCGCUUCAUCAUCGAUGAAAUAAUAUUGGAGAAUGAAGAUGCAUUUGUAACUGUUCCAAAGAAAUUAUUUCAUGGAACCAAUAAAACCAAAUAUUCAGUCAAGAGAGUUGGUAAUUCACCAGAAAACAACCAAAGACUCAAAUUUUCACCAGCUGAUAAGAUACGUCAACAACCACAGAAACCAGUUGCUGAAUUAGCUGCAGCAUUAGCAGAAAAAAAAAGAAAAGGGGGGAAAAAUAGAGAAGAAGUACAAAAAGGAAAAGAAAAAAGCUAG